UACUUUACAUCUAAGUAGCUUGUUGCGUCACCAAAUCUUUCUAGAGGCAAACAUGGACUUCGUCGAAAUACUUUUCUUUAUCUCUCUUAUCUGUGGAUUGCUUGCCGAGAAAAAAAUACCCACCGGAGCUUGCGUUUCGAAGAUCGUGAAAGGAAAACUCGUCCAAGUUGGAGAUUGCGAGAAAAACGAUGGAUCAGACAUCGUCAGACUGAUCAAAAAGAGUCAUGAUGAGAAAGCUAAAAAUAAAUGUGACGUCUUAUACAAUUCAAGAUGCUACCGAGUGUUGUUGUAUGAUACAAAGAACGUCACCUUCAACGAUGCUAAAUUAAUUUGCGAAUCAAUGAACGACGGAAAACCUGCGAAUAUGUACGACUUCGCUGUUUACAAGUUGCUUCUCACUCAUGUACGUUCAGUGAUUUCUGGUGGAACAUCCAUCUGGACAGGGAUGGAGUAUAAGAACAAUCAGCUUUUGCUGUCAAGUGGAGGAGCAGUCACUCUACCAACAGAAGUGUGGCUUCCUCAUUAUCCGAAAUCUACGGCUUCGCGCAGAAAUGUUGCUGUUUAUGUCAAAAAAAAUUCAGACGAAAAAGAUCAGGGAAUAUUGAAUGUUGCCCCUAUCCAGGAAAAGCGCGGUGUCUUCUGUGAAAUAUAAAACCAAAUUAAAAUUUGACAAAACUAUGUUGACGGAUUAAAUAAUUUUCCUAACGGCAGAGUGUUAUUAUUACUUAACUUUAUUAUUACUUUACUACUAUUAACCGUAUUACCCGUGCCUUCAGUUGAUAUUCUCGUCUAUUAAAACCGUUUGCUUAGCAAAUAAAAAUCCAUAGCUGUCUCGCCCGAUGUAAUUUAUGUAUAUAACGAAACAUAAUAAUAAUAAAUAUUGA